AUAUCAGCUGUCUAUUGACUCGACGGACAAACCAUUCCUCAGUUACUUCUUUAGCUCCGCCGUACGUGUACAAGAUAUUGGAUAUUAAUGUUUGGCAUUUAAAGGAUGUUUUGCGUGAAUUAGAUAUGCUUCCUCCAUCUCGUAAAUCGGAUGUACUUCCUUCGCCAUAAGGUAACAGCAGGCGUGUCAGUACAUCGUAUGGACCUUUAUCAUCAGGACGUGUAAAUUGAGGGUACGCAACAAAUUCGAGGCUCAAGGGUUAAACUGUCAAACUAUAAGCCUUCCGAUUCGACAGCAUGGAUUUAAAAAUCAUAUUCAAAAGCAAAAUAUGUCUACUUUUUGUAUUGUUUAACAUAUUAAACGGAGUACUUGGAAUACCUGUUCCGGAUACAAAUACUAAAGCCGCAGAUAUAACGGAAAAAUCUAAGAUGGGCUGUGAGAAAAAGUUCUGCACUUUAUUUCGUGGUAUAUGUACAAAUGGAGGCGCGUGUGUAUCGGGAGACGGGUGUGCGGGUUCAUGUCAUUGUACGAGUAAUUACAAGGGAAGAUACUGUCAGAUUAAAACUGUAGAAGACUAUAACGGGAAUGGCAAUGGUAACGACAAUGGUAAUGAUGAUGGCAAUGGUUAUGAGAAGCAAAAUUCACCGCCAAUUAAAAAACCGGCUGUAGGUGUCAUUAUGAAACUGUUCAAAGGACUAAGAUUUAAAGGCAAUGGGGAUACGUCAAUAUCUAGAGCAGCUAAUGAGGGAAAGCCAAGUAACCUGUCUCCAACCAAGGCACCACCUGUGAAGGUUUUACACUUACGAGGCCAGACAGCUAAAACCACCAACCUCGGGCCUGGAAGUGGAAAUAAGAUAGGUGAGAGAACUGUUGCCCAAAGAGCAAUCACCAACGUGGCUGAAAGCAGCACUGCCAGUGUUCCGAGUAAAGUGGAUCGUAAUGGAAAUGCUAAAAUUUCAGGGAAAACAAACGAUUACAGCACUGUUAUGACUUCCACUACGGAAAAUCCCACUACAGCCGCCAGUCAGAAGAAAGCAGAUCAGAGCAAAACAAUGACAACUAUAUCGAGCGAGAGAGUAAAACUUGACAAUGACACCGCAUCUUCUCCAUCCGUAAAUAUCAGCAGUAUUGAAUCCACGACUAGUGAUCAUACAAAAAUUCAAACAUCAGAAACAUUAGAUCAAAAUUCAACAAGCAUGACAGAAAUCGAAACAAGAUCAAGUACUGUCAAACCAGCAAUGGGCAUCGGCCAUAUACGAUUUGCAAUGACUGAGCAUUUAUUACAGCCAAAACCGAGAAUAGGUAACAAAAUCACUGAGCCCAAUGUUAUGAGAAUGAUACGUAAACCUCAAUCCGCCGAUUCAAAGACUGGCCAAGCAAAACCAGAAAUCAGUAUUGAAAGUACUGAACUUAAUAAGACAGGCAAAAACAUGACGACAGGAAAUACAACUAAAGUAUCAAAUCAAUCGGAAACCGGAAAAUCAGAGACAAAAACAGAGACCGCAAAAACGGUGAUAACUAAAAUAAUAAUUGGAAGUUCAAAAACUAAACUUAAAUCAGGAGGUCCUUCAUCGGCCAUAGAAAUUCCGAUACUGAAAAAUAAGGACGUUAGUUCUUCACGUAUUGCAGACUCUGUGGCGAGCUCCAUUCCAUUAUCAAACGGCGAAGUUUUUAUAAGAGAUGUUCCCAUUACCACUAAAACUAGGAACGUAAAUCAGCAACCCAAGACGGACAUUUCAAGGGCCGCGGCCAAACUUUGGCAAGGUCAUAAGACGCUCACAACUCCUGUGGAAUCUUCAUUACCAAUUAUUUCAUCCAGAAAUGUUAAAAGUACCCUGGAAGAUGCAAAUAGAUGGGUUGCAUCAGGUUUUGAACCACAUAUCUAUUCUGACAAAUUCCCGAGAGAAAAUCUAGCUCUAGUGCUCGGUAAAGACUUUUUACAGGAAGAAGAAGUGGAGAGGGUCAAAUCAGCCUCGAACGAUAUAGGGCUCAGCCAAAAAAGAAACAAUAUAACAUCAGAAUCGGAAAUUUCUGGACUUACCGAAAGAAGGUUUAACCUUCCCGAAACGCGUUCAUCACUAGUGACUCAAAAUCUUAUCUCGAGUCCUAUUGUAAAAACGAAUCGAACAUUGAUGUCCUUUGAACAUUCGGGUGUAAACAAAAUAUCAUCCCGUGAUCCAUCUACGUACAGUAAUUCUACAUCAGCUUUGAUAGAGGAUGAACCAGCGAACGUCGGAAUUGUAGAAGAAACCGUGCCCUUUGCUUCACUUAUCACUACAACGGAAUCUUCUUCGAAGGCUGGCCCUAAACUUCCAGCAGAAAAUAUCUAUCUGGCGGCUGCUUUGUACAAGAAAUUUAUACCUCCAGAUACAGCAGCAAAGGAAGAGAAUGGACGCUUAAAAGAUGUUGUUCCAAACAAGGUCGUAUCCGCAAAUACUCCAACUAACCCAAAGCAUGAAAGUGUGCAGCACGUGCUUAAAUCAGCCAUUCACUCAUCUACAAUGAGUAGCGAUAUACAAACAAUGCCUCCGGCUAAUUCUGGAACUGACAUAACUCAUCGAAUAUCUGACGGGGAUGAAACUUUAGAAAACACAGACAAAAUAGUGGCGGCCGAUAGGAAUGAUACUGGAGCUUCUGUAGGAGAUACUACAACUGCUACCUUAGAGAAAUUAAAAACCUUACUUGUCUACGUCCAAACCAUACUAUCAUCAACCAAAAGCGAACUUGAUUCCAGGACUUCUACUAGGAAAACAGGAAGUGAACAACCCGCCACUACGACUCGAAAAGAACACCAAAAUAUUACAGAAUCCAAAUCUGUCACUACUGAUUCACCUAAAGAGAUCACGACGACUUCUGGUCACAUACACAGGCCAGUGACUAAAGAGGAAAACAUAGGAUUUACAACCGCUAUUAAUAAGGUGCUCCAGGCAACAACGAACAAUGCUACAGAAGAAAAUGUCCACAUUCUGAAAACCUCGGAAACAACACCUUUUGAUAAAACCGAUAGCUCCGAUUCGACGGAUGUUUUAGAAUCCGACGGAGAAACCGUAAUUAAAAUACCGAUUUUUACGAAAAAUUCAGAUAAUGCGGUUCUUCCUACUGUGGGUCCUUCUGUCACUGAGGCUAGUAAAUCACGGCCUAAGUCCACUGUUUCCACAGUCGGCAUUUCUAAGAAAGAUUCAACAGCAUCUAGACGCCGUGUUUCCACUUCAUCAAUAGCGCGGAUAUUACGCAAGAUUUAUGGUAUAGGGAAUUUAAUAACAAGACCAACAACAAAAACUACAACUACAGCGACUCCGAAUAUAUCUGAUAUUAAACAGCGCCAUGGAUCUCUGUCAGUGACGAACAAAGGACAUUUGCCAACUUCAGAAUCGUCAAAACAAUCAAAUAGGUUUAAGAACACUAACAGCAAAAUUACUGCCCUGGCUAUGAACCAGAGCGGUAGAUUAGGAAGUGAAUCAGAUCAGCCCAAUGAAAAUAAAGCAAAAGGAUAUUUUAAGUCUGAAAAGUAUUUUCAGCAAAAUAAAACUGUUAGAAAUGAGAUGGGUGCAUUUUAUGGAAAUGAAGAUAUGGUUGGCAAUUUUAUUGUGGACUCAACGUCUACUAUAAAGCCAUAUACAAUACCGCCCACGAGAGAUUUACGCGAAGGCGUGCGGAGUCCGACAAGUAUUAACAGUGGUGUCAAAGAUUUUAAUAAACCACAAAAUCUCACUAAAGUUAACCAAAAAACAAAUGGUGAUUCUGUGAAUUUAUCAUCUUUACAAACUGUUACAACAGAUUCACCAGGAAUAGAAAAAGUGAAUAUCAGCUAAAAGUUUGUGUCGUUGUCGAUCAGAACUGGGAUCAUUGAAAUCUUACCGUGAGAAACCGAUCAUAAACAUUUCCAUCACUAUAUAGCCUUGUAUUAUAGCAGACUUGAAAGUUCACACAAAGUGUUGUCAGCUUGGCUGACUCACCGACGGGUAAAUACAUCAAAUCUAACUUUGUUUAAAACUUCAAAAACUUUUUUAAUUCAAAAAUUCUUAAUUUAAAUUCUUAAUUUUAUAACAAGUUUUCAGCAAUCAGUCACUAAACAUAACAUUUUUAAUUGUCUUUUACUAUAAAGUAGAAUUCGUUAGGCUGACAGUGUGUAAUAUCACAGGGCAUAGUUGGUGUAUAACUGCAAGGUCAAAAAGUAGCCUAUCUGACAGGUAGCCUCACACGUCUCUAUAAGAAGCGUGACUUGUACCAUUUUCUAGCAGGACUAGAUAAUUACAUAUGGUCGUGAUACUUACUCAUAAAUGUGUUGCGAUCUUGCCUACGGCGACGUCUGCCGUCCAUUUUUUAUAACCACGGACAGAAAAUAUAUGUGAUAGCAUUACUUUACCUUGUGUCCAAAUGUGAUGAAGGGCUCCUUGGGGUUUGUUGUUGUUGUUGGUCGCACGGUAUUGUUCUGUGAUAUUGAUAAAUAUUCUGGAUCAAUCAGAUUAUAAAAUCUGGUCAUCAUUAAGUAAGCGCCAUUGUGGAUAUCUACCAUUCAUAACUUUAUGUAGUAACUAGACAUUUAUUGAAUGAUACUUGCUUCCAUAAAACUUAAGUAUCCUUUCUAAACUUGUUUAAUGAAAUAGGGGGAUUGGAGAACUUCUACGUUUGAGUAUUACUCCUAAUACACUUUUCAGCUUGUUUUUUCUGUAUACAUACCCUGCCUAUUUAAAAAUUACGAGAUAUCAUUACAGUUCACAUGCGUAUCACAAUAUUAAUGCAUUUUUUUAAAAAAAGCAUACAUUUCGGAGUUAAUUUUUUUUCGCAAACAAAUGUAUUUUUCCUGUGUUGUAAUGUUCCUUAAAACAACAUUAUAUCUUGUCAAAUAUACGUAUUCCUAAUUUGUCAGUUUUCUGAUGAUGUAAUUGACUUGUGAUAAUCAAUGCAGCAGGAUAUAUUUCAAUAUACCAUUUGAUACGUAAAGCAGUAAAGUAUAUUUGCCUGACAUAUUUAAAAUUGUAAUAGCCAAAACAAAAAUAACACGGACACACUCUGUAUUUGUUAAUAUAGGGUAAUUUUUAAUUGUUACUUUCCACUCUUUCAUCUGUCUCAAUUUUAACAAUAGAUUACUGGAAUAAUUGUAUUUGGUCAGACACCAGUAACGAAUGUGUUUAUUUCAUCAAAACAUUAGCAGUACAUUUUGAAAUGAAAUGUAAUGUGUUGGCAAAUUUGAGAAAGUUGCUGGCGACUUAUUAAAUGUUUUUUGUAGACUGUAUGUGUUAUUGCUGUCUCUAUAAAUAUGACGCUUUUCUAAUUUACUGUUAAACCUAGAUUGCGCCUUUAUAACAUGAAGGUUUUGACUACAUAACUAAUGCCGACAUGUGUUUAAUGAAUAUUUCCUGGUACACAAAACGCAUACAUGCCACGUUCAAAACCUGAAAAAAUAUGGCAUGUGUUCAGGAUAUAUAAAUUGUAUAUAUAUACAUAUGUUAUCAUUUCGAAUGUUAAUUGUCUACACAUGUGAAAUUGACUAAAUUGAUGGUUACAUUAACAUUGACAUUGCAAACUGCAUUUCGAAUUAUAGUAUUAUAAAAUUCAAAUUUAAAUUAUUUUAUUGUGUUCAGCUUAAUAGCUACUUAACAUAAAUAUACAGGUAUCCCAAAGCUGAAAUAUCGAGAAAUGAGAUUCCAACCCCUGUUAUAUAUGCCUUCCGUGUUUUCUUUUAAUGCAAUGCGGGUUGACUAUGCCCAAAAUCAGUUGAAGCAUAAAUAUGCACCGCGGCAGUCUGUUAUAUUCAAAUCAUACCUUAAAAUAUCAUGUCGAAUCUUCAUGUAUAAAAGUGCUUAUCACAUGUGCGUGUGUGUGUUUUAUAUAAAAUAAUGUAUGAUAUGAUGUAUGUGUGUUUAUAUGAAAUGAUAUAUGUUAUGUAUAUGCAGCGCUAUAAUAUAAACAUCCGUCACUUCAAAGAGAAAAAAUAUACGUUUGGGUGUGACUGUGACCCAUUUUAUAGUACACAGAGGGCGUUAAAUAUAUUUCAAAUUUGUGAAACAUUUCCAGCGUCAUUAAGUUAGAAUUAAGCUACUAGCUCAAGCGUUUAAGUUUUUAUUAGUAUGUUAGUAAAGGUCACGUAAAACAAAUAUUACAUCUGUCAUAAUAUCGUUAUAUAGAUCGGAAACCUGUCACAAGCGUUACGUAGUAAAACAGAUUGAUCUCCACUAGGUAAAAAUUCUAAAUUUUUCCUUAUUGCUGAAACCAAACAAUCCUUCCUGUUUUUCUGGCGUAUAUGAUUUAGUAUGAGAUAUUCUUUAUUAUAUCAAAACCUUUUGAAAAAGCGACGAUAUCACAGUUAUUCUAAGUGUAAACACUGUAACCAUCUUAAACCUAAGUAGAAUGCUAUGGAAAUGAUAAAUUUAUCAUUACAAAAUAUCUCUCUUUUUCUAAUGAGAUACAUUAUUUAAUCAUUUUAUGAUAAUAUUUUGUAGAUGAUUAACUUAAUGAUGGCAUGUCUAAAAUUUGAACAAAGACAUGCUUAUAGAUUUUUUUCAGAAAUAAUAUACUGUACUGUAAUAUUUGAUUUCAUUUUGAAUAAAUUUAUCAUGUAAUCAAUCUGUUAUCCUUUGAAAUCGACCAAGUAGUAUUUGUAUAUACCACUAAUGUAAUAGACCCUGGAACGUUUUCCAUUGUUAUUGCCGAUCACAAAUCGAUUGUGAUGUCAUGAAAUUGACAGUGACGUUACAUCAUGAAUUAAAAAUUGCGAAAAAAA